AUGCGGGUCACGCCGUGCCCCACGUCUCCUCUCCCCCACUCUCUGUGCCCUCUUCCAGAUGUGGCCGCCUUCGGCUCAGUUGCUGAAGAUGAGGAUGCGCUCCUGAAGCACUUAUUUCAAGGCUAUCAGAAAUGGGUCCGCCCGGUGGAAAACUCCAACGACACCAUCAAAGUCCGCUUUGGGUUAAAGAUCUCGCAGCUGGUGGAUGUGGAUGAGAAGAACCAGCUGAUGACAACCAACGUCUGGCUGAAGCAGGAAUGGAUCGACCACAAGCUCUCCUGGAAUCCAGAGGAGUACGGUGGGAUCACUGCCAUCCGCGUCCCCUCUGAGUCCCUCUGGCUCCCCGACAUCGUCUUGUUUGAAAAUGCUGAUGGACGCUUCGAGGGCUCCCUGAUGACCAAAGUCAUAGUGAAGUACAACGGAGCAGUGACCUGGACACCGCCGGCCAGUUACAAGAGCUCCUGCACCAUGGACGUGACCUUCUUCCCGUUCGACAGGCAGAACUGCUCCAUGAAGUUUGGAUCAUGGACGUAUGAUGGCAGUAUGGUGGACUUGGUUCUAGUGGAUGAAAAUGUGGACAGGAAAGACUUCUUUGAUAACGGAGAGUGGGAGAUCUUAAAUGCCAAAGGUAUGAAAGGCAACAGGAAGGACGGGCUGUAUUCUUACCCGUUUGUCACUUACUCCUUCGUUCUGAGGCGCCUUCCACUGUUUUACACUCUGUUCUUAAUAAUCCCUUGCCUGGGAUUGUCCUUUCUAACUGUCCUGGUGUUUUACCUGCCAUCGGAUGAAGGAGAAAAGCUCUCACUGUCUACAUCAGUUCUCGUCUCCCUCACUGUUUUCCUGCUAGUGAUAGAGGAAAUAAUCCCUUCUUCUUCCAAAGUCAUCCCUCUGAUUGGCGAGUAUUUGCUGUUCAUCAUGAUAUUCGUGACCCUCUCCAUCAUCGUGACGGUCUUUGUUAUCAAUGUCCACCACCGGUCCUCAGCAACCUACCAUCCCAUGGCACCCUGGGUGAGAAGACUCUUCCUCCAGAAGCUGCCCCGGCUGCUCUGCAUGAAGGGCCACGUGGAUCGUUAUUCCUUCUCGGACGCUGAGGAAAAGGGAACCACCUUGAAGUCAAAGCUCCCAGGAAGGCAGAAACACAAGCAAGCAAAAGAUGGAGAGAAAAUUGUUAUCGCCUUUCUGGAAAAGGCAGCUGAUUCCAUUCGAUACAUUUCCAAGCAUGUUAAAAAGGAGCAUUUCAUCAGACAGGUCGUCCAAGACUGGAAAUUUGUAGCUCAAGUCCUGGAUCGGAUUUUCCUGUGGUUGUUUCUGGUGGUGUCAGUGACAGGUUCAGUUCUCAUCUUUACCCCUGCGUUACAAAUGUGGCUGAACAGUAGUUUGUAGAAUGUGCUUUCACACUAGCAUACACCAAGCACAAGGCCAUGGGAUGGUGGAGCAUCUGAGCUUGGUCAUUUUUUGCUGUACAGGAUGAGAAGCAACAGCAAGACUGAGUGAAGGUGGUGAUGAUAACAACAGGCAUUGACUGGUGCUUUCUAUCUUCACACAGCUCUACCAGACAGUGACUUGACUGAGAUCAGAGAAGGGCUUCGUGGCAGCCAAGUACAGAAGUGAACUGGGAUGCAUGAUCAGGUUAUACGUAUUUUAUCUGGUAGCCUGGUAAUAUUACAGCAUGAGCCAAGAUACUAGUUUGAAAUGGAAAUAGUACUUUUGGUGCAAUGAAUAAGUUUAAAAGUCAGAUCCUUCAGUUAAGAUGCUACCGUUGUACAAGAAGUUAAACUGUAGCAGCACCACCGAAUCAAUACUCAGUUCACCUGUCCACAAUUUCAAGUAAAAACCACAAAGGCUCUAUAGAUCACUGUGCAUGUGUCAGAACUGACCAUUGCAUAGCAUGUGCAUUAGGAAAAGUACAAAUACCUUUUAGAUGGGUUAUUCAAAACCUUAACUCUGUGGCCUCACCUUGCUGUCAGGAUCAGCUCAACAGUGGGAGAACCUGCAGCUCUGCCCACCUGCUACCAGCCUUUCUGGCGUGCACACGUUCUUCAUGCAUCUCUCCUCUUGGCCGUUGGGACACUACAAAGCGUUACCCACUAUUUGAUAUUACUUGCAUUUGUACCUCAUGCUCAGUAACAUACCAAAAGGCUGGACAGGUUAGGGUUUUCCCCAUGCUCCAAAUUUAGAAAUUGUGAUUACUGCACCUACCCUUUCACAGGGUUGGAAGUUGGAGAAGACCUGAAGCAUGAUGCAUGGGGGAAGCUGGCCCUGCUGCUCCACGUGGCAAUGAU